AUGGCAACGCCUCCCCUCGCCUCCAUUUCCAGCCACCACCGCGCCCCACCACCAUGGCCACCUCCCAAGAACACCACCAACCCACGAAUGAAAAUUCGGUGUGGCGUGCUCGCGCCACCGGUGGGUCAAGUCCUGGAGGCGGCCGCCGCUUCUCCAAGUCCAAUGAGGUCCAAGAACCGGUCCAAUCGGGUCCCGAGCUCCGACGUGAACCUGCAAAUUCAGCGACUCUGUGGGGCGGGCGACCUCACUGAGGCUGUGAGGCUGCUGGGCUCCGACGGCGUUGAUGUGCGGAGCUACUGCGCGGUCAUUCAGCUCUGCGGAGAAGAGAGGUCGCUGGAGGCUGGGAGGAGAGCGCAUGCCGUGGUACGCGCAUCCUGUGGUGGAGCCGGUGGAAUUGGGAGCGUCCUUGGGAAGAGGUUAGUUCUUAUGUACCUGAAAUGCAGCGACCUGGGCAGUGCAAGAAGGGUGUUUGAUGAAAUGCCUCCUCAAGUCGCUGAUGUCCGUGUCUGGACUUCGCUGAUGAGUGCGUACGCGAAGGCGGGUGAUUUUCAAGAAGGCGUUUUGUUGUUUAGGCAGAUGCACUGCUGUGGGGUUAGUCUGGAUGCGCACGCCAUUUCCUGUGUUCUGAAGUGCAUUGCCAGUUUGGGCAGCAUCAUGGACGGCGAGGUGGUUCGUGGGUUACUUGAGAAGUUGGGUCUUGGGGAAGAAUGUGCAGUUACUAAUGCUCUGAUAGCCGUGUACACAAGGUGUGGCCGGAUGGAGGAUGCAAUGCAGGUAUUCAACAGCAUGCAUUCCCGGGAUGCCAUCUCUUGGAAUUCAAUGAUUAGUGGUUGCUUUUCAAAUGGAUGGCAUGGAAGGGCUGUUGAUCUUUUCAGCAAAAUGUGGUCUGAAGGUGUGGAGAUCAGUUCAGUGACAAUGGUCAGUGUUUUGCCUGCUUGUGUGGAAUUGGGUUAUGAGCUUGUUGGAAAAGUCGUGCAUGGUUACUCUGUGAAAGCUGGAUUACUCUGGGAGCUUGAAUCUUUGGAGAGAGGAAUAGAUGAAGUUCUUGGAUCCAAACUGGUAUUCAUGUAUGUGAAAUGUGGUGACAUGGCCUCUGCAAGAACGGUAUUUGAUGUAAUGUCAUCAAAAAGUAACGUGCAUGUAUGGAAUCUGCUAAUGGGUGGCUAUGCAAAGGCUGGGAGGGGGCUUCAUGGUUACUCAGUGAAAACUGGAUUGGUUGGGGAGAUAUCUCUUGCUAAUGCUCUUCUUGAUAUGUACUCAAAUUGCUCAGAUUGGCAUAGCACAAAUCAGAUAUUUGAAAGCAUGGAUCAGAAAAACGUGGUGUCAUGGACAGCAAUGAUCACGAGUUAUACCAGGGCUGGGCUGUUUGACAAAGUGGGUGGGUUACUUCAAGAGAUGGUAUUAGAUGGUAUCAGACCGGACGUCUUUGCAGUCACCAGUGCCCUUCAUGCAUUUGCUAGUGAUGAAUCUUUGAAACAAGGAAAAUCUGUCCAUGGAUAUGCCAUCAGAAAUGGAAUAGAGAAACUUCUUCCUGUUGCCAAUGCACUUAUGGAAAUGUAUGUGAGAUGUGGGAAUACGGAAGAAGCACGGUUGAUUUUUGAUCGUGUGACGAACAGGGAUAUAAUCUCAUGGAAUACACUGAUAGGAGGUUACUCAAGAAAUAAUCUUGCCAAUGAAUCCUUCAGUUUGUUCAUUGACAUGUUGCUCCAAUUCAAACCUAAUGCAGUGACCAUGACCUGCAUCCUUCCGGCUGCCGCAAGCCUUUCGUCCUUGGAGCGAGGUAGGGAGAUACAUGCUUAUGCACUACGAAGAGGAUAUCUGGAAGACAAUUAUACAUCCAAUGCUCUGGUGGACAUGUAUGUUAAGUGUGGUGCAUUAAUGGUAGCUCGACUUUUGUUUGACCGGUUGACUAAGAAGAACCUCAUAUCAUGGACCAUCAUGAUAGCUGGAUAUGGCAUGCAUGGUCAUGGGAAAGAUGCUAUUGCUCUCUUUGAACAGAUGAGAGGCAGUGGUGUUGAGCCAGAUUCAGCUUCUUUCAGUGCCAUAUUGUAUGCUUGCUGCCAUUCAGGUCUUAGAAAUGAGGGAUGGAGAUUCUUCAAUGCUAUGCGAAAUGAACACAAAAUAGAGCCCAAACUGAAGCACUACGCCUGCAUCGUUGACCUGCUUAGCCAUACUGGAAAUCUGAAAGAGGCUUUUGAGUUCAUCGAGUCAAUGCCAAUUGAACCUGACUCAAGCAUCUGGGUCUCAUUGCUGCACGGAUGUAGAAUUCACAGGGAUGUCAAGCUUGCAGAGAAAGUAGCAGACAGGGUCUUCAAGCUGGAACCUGAGAACACAGGGUACUAUGUCCUUCUUUCCAACAUCUAUGCCGAGGCUGAGAGAUGGGAGGCUGUCAAGAAGCUGAAGAACAAGAUUGGUGGUCGGGGGCUACGCGAGAACACUGGCUGCAGUUGGAUUGAGGUCAGGGGCAAGGUUUAUGUCUUCGUCCCGAACAACCGGAAUCACCCACAAGGGAACAGAAUUGCAGAAUUCCUGGAUGAUGUUGCCAGAAGGAUGCGGGAAGAAGGCCAUGAUCCUAAGAAAAACUAUGCUCUGAUGGGCGCGAACAAUGCAGUGCACGACGAGGCACUUUGUGGGCACAGCUCCAAGCUCGCCAUCGCAUUCGGCGUGCUCAAUUUGUCGGAAGGGCGGCCAGUCCGCGUGACAAAGAACUCAAGGGGUGGACAGAAUGUUCUUGCUCUUAGUUGCUCCUGGCUGUUUGCUCUUGUGCUUGUUAUUUCUCUUGUGGCUUGUAAGAUUUCUUCAGAUGCAAUGUCAAAAUCCAGUAGCUGA